UUCCUAUCGACCAAACGUCAACAUGGUAAAAGUGAAAAUUUCUUGGAUUCAUUGGGAACAGUUUUGAGCUACUCCACAUAGGCCUUUAACAAGCCAGUUCUACUUAUCACCUCUACUUCAAACUACAAGAAGACCUAGAGCCGCUUUGUUGAUAGGAACAAACUGUUGAACCAUAGUGCACUAUUCAAACAGUGCAUUCAACUUGGUCCUAUAAAUUCAUUUCUUAUCGGUGUCAUUGCAUGGAUUUUAGCAGUUUAUGCACCGAAGUAUUGGUCAUCAGCUUGGCCUUAAUAUAAUAAGGGAGAAUUUCAAUGCUAGCCAAAAUUAAACAGAUCAUGCGUAAAAAGACAAUACUACGCAUGUUAGCUGUUGUGUUUGUUGCUGUUGUGAUAUGGAUAGUUUGGUUUGUAGUGUUCUUUGAAGUUGAAGACACAAAAAGGACGGAUAUUCAGUUCAAAUGGGAUUUUAAAGAAGUCGCCCCCAACCCUCUUUCCCCACAGAAAUUUUUUCCAAAUGAUGAAAGUCUGCAGUUUGCUAGGAAAGCGAUCAAUCCAGUAGCAGUUAAAAACCUCCUUAAUGGGACAGUUAUACUGCCAGAUGAUUAUAAAUCUGUAGAAAUUCAAGCAAUAGAUAGUGACAUGGUAAUGAACAGUACGUAUGAUGACGUGACUGACGUGAAGGGCUUGACGUUUUACCAGAAAAAGUUUUACCUCAACAACAGGCCGUUUAGGAUAUUCAGUGGUGCUGUUCACUACUUUAGGAUACUGAGGGAUCAAUGGGAGGAUCGCUUGAUGAAGCUGAAGGCCUGUGGUUUGAAUACAGUUGAGACUUAUGUACCUUGGAACCUUCACGAGCCCUCACCUGGAGAAUUUAAUUUUGAGGACAAUCUUGAUUUGAGAUCUUUUCUGUCAUUAGCCUCUACUCUUGGCCUGUUUGUUAUACUUCGUCCAGGGCCUUACAUUUGUGCUGAGUUUGAUUUUGGUGGACUACCAGGAUGGUUGCUUAGAGACCCAGACAUGAAAGUCCGGAGCAACUACCCCGGUUACAUCUCCGCUGUGAACAAGUACUUCAGUGUCUUGUUCCCACUGGUUCAUGACUUACAAUUUACUGAAGGGGGACCUAUAAUCAUGUUUCAAGUGGAGAAUGAAUUUUCUUCCUACACUGGGGAUGUUGACCACUUGAAGCUGCUGGUGUAUAUGAUGAAAAAACUGAAUGUCAAAGAGCUUCUGGUUACCAGUGAUCACAUGUUCAAACAGAAAUAUGCAGAAAACAAAUAUGUCGACUUUAGUCAGUAUGCUCUAUUGGCUGACAACUUAGGCAGCAUAAAGGAGAGCAGCUACAAUGUCAUAUCUGAGUUGAACCCACAUUUCCCUUAUAUGGUCAUGGAGCUCUGGUCAGGAUGGUUUGACUACUGGGGUCAGGAGAAGCAUUCAAAGAGCAGUGUGGAGGGCUUGCGUGAGACAUUGAAUGCUAUCAUGCACCUGGAAGGUUCAUUCAACCUGUACAUGUUCAUUGGUGGCACCAACUUUGGUUUUACUAGUGGCGCCAACAACUUCACCUCAUACAGGCCAAUGGUCACAAGUUACGAUUAUGAUGCUAUUCUGACUGAAGCGGGUGACAUAACUCCAAAAUACCAUGUUGUGAGAAGCAUCUUGCAUACAUUUUACAAAACAUUAGGUUAUGACAGUCUGCCUUCUGUGCCAUUCAAUACAAAGAAAGGUCAUUAUGGCAAAGUCCCAGUUACUGAAGUAAUGGAAUGGGAUGUUUUCAUCACCUUGAUACCUAUAUUUGCCAAUGACGACAAGGUAAACUACAUGGAGACGUACACAGACGCAGACAACAAGUACAACACACUAGGGUACAUCGUGUACUCACAUCAGCUGGGGGACAACACACACUGGAACAAGAUGCCUGGGAUACAGACCACGGGGGUCUUUAAGGAUAGGCUUACUGCAAUUUUGAAUGGUGAAACCUUUUAUGUACAAGAUGACUUACAGACUGACAAUGAAGACCAGCUUUUGUCAUACAACUGGGAUGAGAAAUUUCAGAACAUAACCAGGAAGUUAAAGCUGAAAGAACAGAAAAUUUCCAAGCGCCUGGACUUGAUGGUUGAAAACUUGGGUCGAGUCAACUUUUCUCCGCAGUCAGCUGACCAUUUUAAUCAUCAACAAAAAGGUCUCAGGGGUCCAGUGUUCCGCUACAUUUUUGGCAUCCUGGAAGAAUGGAACAUACGUAUGAUCAACUUCAGCCCUGAACAAAGCUAUAUACUGUCAAGCUCCCUGACAUGGAGAAAGGUCGAGGAGGUGGACAAGUUGAAGAAAGAUCUAGAUGAGACAGACAAACUGGCGCCUGCGCUGUACCGGGCCUACCUGCACAUCAACAAUGUACCCAUGGACACUUUCCUAAACCUAGAUGGCUGGGUCAAAGGUGUUGUCAUUGUCAACAAUUUUAACCUGGGCAGAUACUGGUGCAUUGGACCACAGAAAACACUCUAUGUGCCUGCUCCCAUCCUCAAGUAUGGGAGAAAUGAGAUUUUAAUAUUUGAGGAAUUUAAAAGAGGACCAGACAUAUUCUUCCAGAACCAGCCUAACUUAGGUUAAACCAGAAGGUUGUGUGGGGGGAGGGGGAUUCACUCAACUCUAGGUCAGCUUUAUUUAUAGGUACCCUAACAUAGCAUUAUACAUAGGUAUUUUAACAGUGUUAUUUGUGUAGGCCUGCAGGUAUUUAAAGUUUGACUGACAUGGUUUACCCUAACCUUAAGGUAAACAUUCUCCUACAGUUAUUGAUUACCACCGCAUGGUUUACAGCUAAGAUUAACCCAAUUGAAACCAGAUGACAGUUGAAUUUCUAAUAUGGCUAGGGUUUAGAGAAGGAUAAAUUAAUUAUCUCUCAACACAUGAAGUUUUGCGUUUGAAUAUGUCGGUGCAGCUGUUGUGUAGUUCUUGUCUCUGAGUCUAUAAGGCCUUGCACAAGGUAUCUACAUAGCAGGUUAUGGUGACCAUAGACUUAUAGUAAAUAGCUGUACGGCAAAUUUAGGCUCAUGGUAACUUUGGAGUAAUAGAGACCUUAUGUUUAUAGUAAAUACAGGGUUGUCAUGACCUGAGGAUAUAAACUAGACUUAUCGUAACUUUAGACUUCAGGUGUUUAAUAAUAUCUAGACUUCAGGAUGGCAAAAUAUCAACAGAAUUAAAAAAUUUCAUAGUGAAUCACAACCUUCUCAGAAAAGAUAGAUUGACUGCCUUAUUCUAACCACAUACUCUAGCAUUUGGGAAAGAUAGACUGACUUAUUCUAACCACCCACACUAACUUUUGGAAAAAGAUACGAGCCGUGGCUGUGAUAGACUAUAGAAAAAGUAUAAAGAUCAUAUAUGUUGCUAAUUAGUACAUAAAACCUCUAGUAGAAUAAAUAUUUCUGCAUAUUGUAUGACAUAGUGUAUGACAUAUUGUAUGACAUAGUGUAUGACAUAUUGUAUGACAUAGUUUAUGACGGAUCAGGACGAGGAGCCAGGAACAUUAGAGAGAUGACUAUCAAAAUUGAAUUAAGCACAACUAGUCUUGAACAAAUGAAAAUGCAUUUUGUAACAUGUUUUUUAAACAAGGUUUUAAAUUAUUAGACUUGUCUUGUUUAAAAAAAUUAUAAUUUUUUAAUGAUAACUUAAUCAUUUUUAGUAGUACUUGAAGAUCAUUUUUAGUGUAGUCGCUUUGAAAUCAGUAUAUCUACAACAAAGGGCUACUAGUGUCAGAUAUAAUGUGUUCACUGCACAUGAUGUUAUAAUUUUAUACAUGAAUAUUAUUUUUUUAAAGUUGUGUGCGAUUGAUGUGUGUUGACUGUUACAGAUAUAAAUAGGAUACAUCACCUGGAAUUAGGUAUAGUAAACUACCUGUGUGUGCUGUUGAAAUUUUUUUUAAACAAGAGCACAAACAAUCACUUUGGCUAAAAUUGUUAUAUUAUAUUAUUAUAGCCUAUAAAACAACUGCGUUAUAUUAUUAUAGCCUAUAACAGAACUGUAUUAUACUAUUUUAGCCCAUAACACAACUGUAUUAUUUAACUAAUUGAUCUAGCUGUGAUGCUCGGUGAAACUGUUUAACCCAUCUCUAAUCAUAAGAUACAAAAGCUAAUACAUUCCAACUGUACAGGAUAUACAGAAAGGCUUGUUGGUUUUAUACCUGUUGGGUUGGUUUU